AUGCCUGCUAAACGCGCCUCGCUGCGCAAGAAACGCGCCCCCAGCGUCCAGCCAGCCCCCCAGCCCUCCACCAAGGCCUCCACCAUUGGUCGGAAGAGAAAAGCUGCAGCGGGAGCGGCGCCAGCCUCUGAAACCCCUGCAAGGGGCCCGAAGCGCCAGAAAGGUAUGAUCUCAUCGGCUUUUGCUCAAGUGAGGCGUCUGACUAACGUGGGGACAGCGACUUCAACUAUUUUCAACGUCUGUGGAACCAACUGCUACGGUGAACUUGGCCUUGGUAACCUGUGGCGCAAGUCCGAGUUUGCCCGUCCUAUCCUGAACGCCAACCUUGCGGCCGAGACCGUGGGUGUCGUUCAGCUGGCUGUGGGAGGUAUCCACUCGGCUGCACUGACUCAUGACAACAAGAUCUUGACCUGGGGAGUGAACGACGAUGCCACCUUGGGCAGAGACACCAAGGAAGAUCCUGUCAAAGAUGAGAUGAUGAUUGACGCGAAGAACGAGAAAGACAGCAACAGUGACAGCGAUAGCGAUGACGAUCUCACUCUGAACCUGAAAGAAGCUACCCCCAUGGCCAUUGACCCUUCUCUCUUUCCCAAGGGAACUACCUUUGCGCAGCUUUCUGCGACCGACAGUGCCACCUUUGCCCUCACCACCACCGGCUUGGUCUAUGGAUGGGGUACCUUCAGAAACAACAACGGAGACAUCGGUUUUUCACCCAACAACAAGUUCAAGCAGAUCACCCCACUUCUUAUUCCCGGUCUGAACAAUGUCACCAAGCUGGCCGCAGGAGCGCAGCAUAUGUUGGCCUUGACUUCAGCGGGUUCUGUCUACGGAUGGGGCUGCAAUGAACAGCAGCAGCUCGGACGUCGCCGAACCUGUCGUUCGCGUGACGUGCACCCCCUUCUUCCUGACCAGUGCGCUCUGCCUGGUAACAUCGUCGACAUCGGUGCCGGUAUGUACCACUCCUUCGCCAUCCAGAGAACCGGCGCCGUGUACGGCUGGGGCUCCAACAACUUCGGCCAGAUUGGCAUCGCGGACAACGCCGGCGAAAACGACGCUAUCAUCAACUACCCCACCCGCAUCAAGAGCAUCGCCAAGAAGCCCAAGCUCGUCCAGAUCCACGGUGGCAAAGACCACAGCAUCACGGUCGACCAGAACGGCCAGUGUUUGACCUGGGGUCGUAUCGAGAAUAAGGCCCUCGGAUAUGACCCCCAAAUCCUCUCGGAGGACGAAAUCAUCUUUGACUCUCGCGAUAGACCACGUAUUUCGGCGCAGCCCCACGCCAUUCCUACUCUGAACAACAUCGUCUACGCGACCGCUGGCACUGAUCAUUCUUUUGCGAUUUCCGCGGACGGAAACGCCUACUCGUGGGGCUUCAAUGCCCAGUGCCAGGCCGGAAAGCCAUCCUCCACCGACGAGAUCAUUCUACCCACCCUUCUUGACGGUAAGCACAUUACCGGCAAGAAGCUGGUAUCUGCCUCCGCGGGAGGCCAAUUCAGCGUCAUCGUCGGGGAGCACGCCAGCCAGUAGGCUGGAAAUUUAUGAGCAAACGAAGAUACGGGCUGAAGCCCGACCAACGGGAUACCAGCGAACAUGUGAAUGGGGAUGAGGUCGGGUUGGUCGGCGUUGUUGUACUGCACCGCGUUUGUUUUGUUUUUUUUGUCUUUUUUUUCUUUUUCUUUUUUCUUUUUCCUUUCUUUUUCCUUUCUUUUUCCUUUCUUUUUUCUUUCUUUUUUCUUUCUUUG